AUGUCGAGCGACUCGAUACCGUCCACGCAAACUGCCGCUUGGAUCGACGAAGCAGGCCCAGACUGCGUCCUUCAGAUCCGCAAAGACGUUCAGGUCAAACAGCCCGGCAAAAAUGAGGUCCUCGUUAAGAUCGAAUGCUCCGGCAUCUGCCACUCGGACUGUCAUGCACUGCGGGUCAAGGGCAAGUUUGAGCAAGUUCCUGGUCAUGAAGGUGUUGGGAAGGUGGUGAAGUUGGGCUCAGGAGCCUCUGAAAAUUUGAUGGGCAAGAGAGUGGGCGUGAAGUGGCUUUGGAGCGCAUGCAAAGAGUGUGGUAGUUGCAAGACUGGCAAGGCCAACCAUUGCGCAAAACAGGUGAACUCCAGCCGUAACACCUGGGGCACUUUGCAGCAAUAUGCCGUUGCACACGCAGAUUUCGUAACCCCCAUUCCGGACGGCGUGCCAAGCGAGGUCGCUGCGCCGCUGCUGUGCGCCGGAUUGAGUUUGGCAGGCGCAGUCUCAAAGCUUGCGCCUGACGUUAUGCCGGGUGAUUACGUUGCUAUUGUCGGCGCUGGAGGCGGCCUCGGACAUAUUGGUGUGCAGAUUGCCAGUCUAAAGGGCUACAAGGUUAUUGGCAUCGACAGUGGUGCAGACAAAGAGCAGCUAUGCAAAGAGAUGGGUGCAGUCGCUUUCGUCGACUUUGCCAAGCAGGAUGUCGUUCAGGCUGUCAAAGACUUGACAGACGGAGAAGGUGCGCACGGCGUUAUUUGCGUUGCUGGCAGCGAGAGGGCGUACGGGCAGGCACCGGCGCUGGCGAGGAACUGUGGUGUCUUUGUGUGCGUUGGUCUGCCGCCGGACACGUAUAUGUUCCCCAUGUCGCCGAUCGACAUUGCGAACAGAGGGUUGACCAUCAAAGGGUCUUCGACUGGAACUGCCAAGCAGAUGGAAGAGCUGCUUCAGCUGACCCUUGAAGGCAAAAUCACACCGAAGAUCGAAAUUUAUGACUUCGAGGACUCGCCAAAGAUCAUGCAAGAGCUGAUGCGCUACGAAGUGACUGGGCGCAAAGUUGUUCGCGUGUCACAAUCAGGUCUCAGCUGA